AGUUAGCAAAUUAUGAAAAGAAUGUGAAUCGUCAAAUGCACAAAUACAAUGCCUACAGGAAAGCUGCUGGAGUCUUGGCAAAGCAUUCAGAGAAAAUAAAAAGUGGAAAGGAAGCCAAGGGUUUGGAAGGCAUUGGAGACAAGAUUGCCAAGAAAAUAGAUGAAUUCAUUCAAACUGGAAAGUUACAAAAACUGGAAAAGAUCCGUGCUAGUGAUACAAAUGUUGCUAUUACAGAGCUUACCAAGGUUACUGGGAUAGGACCAGCAGCUGCACAGAAACUGGUUCAGGAAGGAAUCAUGGGAAUAGAAGAUCUUAGGAAACAUACGGAUAAGCUGAACCAUCAUCAGCAGAUUGGUCUGAAGCAUUUUGAAGAUUUUGAAAAGAGAAUUCCACGAGAAGAAAUGGUUGCCCUUCAGGAUAAGGCAUUUGGUGAAAUUAUUAAACUAAGUCCAGACUACAGGGCAAAAGUUUGUGGCAGUUUUAGACGAGGAGCUGAAUCUAGUGGUGAUAUUGAUAUCCUUCUGUCACAUUCUUCAUUUACAUCUACCUCGAAGAAAAUGCCAGAGUUGUUGAAGAAUGUUGUGGAGCAGCUAGAAGAGAUAAAGUUUAUAACAGACAGGUUAUCUCUGGGUGAUUCCAAGUUUAUGGGUGUAUGUAAGAUGCCUGACACAGAUGACAAGAAGUAUGCAUUUAGACGUAUAGAUAUCCGACUACUACCAUAUGAUCAAUAUUACUGUGCUCUACUGUAUUUUACUGGCAGUGAUAUGUUUAACAAAGAUAUGAGAGGAGUGGCUCUAGAAAAAGGAUUUACUCUCAACGAAUAUACACUCCGUCCUUUAGGAAGUACAGGGGUACCAGGAGAGCCGUUGCCUGUAGAAUCAGAGGAAGAUAUAUUUGAUUACCUUGACAUGACCUACAAAAAACCAUCAGAGAGAAAUGCUUGAUCUAAAAUACGAGAAAACCAAGAUGUGUAAUGGAUAAAACUGAAAAUUACUAGAUACCUAUAGAAAAAAAUUAGUUUCUUCAAACUUACCUAUGUAAUUUUGCAAGCAGGUGUCAAUAGUAGCAUUUCUACAGUAUAAAGGUUUUUAAUGAUUUGAUAGUCGUUAAUGAACAAGAUUUUUGUCAGUGCCAUUUCAAGGUUGGGACUUCAUUUUGUACUAAAUCCUGGUUUUGGUCAAUACCUUAACAGAUUAUAGAUGUUGUUAAUGCCACAUGCCUCCAGUUGAGCCAGAAUAUUUAAAAAAGAAAAUUAAAUUUGAGGAAAAUUGCCUAAGAUUUUAGGAAAAGUAAAAAGAUUCAAGUAAUAAUUUACUAGUAAUGUGUGAUUAAUGAUUUUCAGUAUUAGCAACUGUACAUGUUUAUACUUAUAUACUAUUGCAAUAAGGGCAAAUUUUGUAUAUUUUGACCAAUUUUUGGUAGUUUACAUGGGUUGCAAGUGUCAUUAAUAAUGUGUAAAUUGCUUCCAUUUGGUGUUACAAAUAAGAUAUUAACGGAAUUGAAACAUGUCCAGCUUGUGAUAGAAGUAUUUGACUAACUGUACGUUUUAUAGUCUAUGAAGUAGCAAAUUCAAAAUUGUAUAUUACUUGU